AUGUCUGAGAAGGAGACCACGCAGCAACCAAUUAUAUUUGCACCAGAAACUUAUCAAUAUGAUAAGUACUCGCUGAAUGAGGGUCAACUGAAAGAUGACCCAAUUGAUCAAUUUGUUGAAUGGUUUGAUGACGCUAAGAAUGACCCCAGAGAGACACUACCAGAGGCAAUCACAUUUUCUUCUGCCGAACUUCCCAGUGGAAGAGUCUCAUCUCGUGUGUUAUUGUUCAAAGAAUUGGACCACAGAGGUUUUACCAUCUAUUCUAACUGGAAAACAAGUGGUAAAGCACAUGACAUUGCCACAAAUCCAAACGUUGCUAUUAAUUUCUUUUGGAGAGAUUUGCAAAGGCAAAUCCGUAUUGAAGGUUUCUCAGAGCAUGUUAAUCGCGAGACAUCAGAAAGGUAUUUUCAAACUAGGCCUCGUGGUUCGAAGAUAGGUGCUUGGUCUAGUCCUCAAUCCACUGUAUUGAAAGAUAGAAAUGAGUUGGAACAUAUUGUCCAAGAAAAUGAGAAUAGAUUUAAAGGUGUCGAAGAUGUGCCAUGUCCUGACUACUGGGGUGGUUUGAGAGUAGUCCCUUUGCGUAUUGAGUUUUGGCAAGGAAGGCCAAGCCGUCUACAUGAUAGGUUCGUAUAUGAAAGGAAAACAGAGCAUGACCCAUGGGAACUACAUAGAAUCGCUCCAUGA